AUGGUCAAACCUCUCACGUUCAAAGGCGAUAAGAAGCCCAAAAAGCGCAAGCGUGCGGCCGCGGACGACAACGACGAUGGUGCUCCUGCAAGCAAGGAGCUCGCCAAAGCCGCCAGCUCAGCAGCUGAAGACGACGAUUCCUGGGUGACGGCCGAAGCAGUCAGCGACAUUGCAGGACCCGUCACCUUUGUACUACCCACCGAGCCGGCUACAUUCCUGGGCUGCGACGCCAACGGCACCGUCUUCACAAGCAAGGUCGAAAACAUGGUCGAGAACGAUGCAUCAACAGCAGAGCCGCACGACGUGCGCCAGGUGUGGAUCGCAAACAGAGUCGCGGGUAACGAGAGCUUCAGCUUCAAGGGCCACCAUGGGAAGUAUCUUGCAUGCGACAAGUUCGGCGUCAUGUCAGCCCAACGCGAGGCAGUCUCACAAGACGAAUCAUUCCUCUGCAUUCCCGUCGCCGACAACCCGGGAACAUUUGCCCUACAGACCCAGCGUGACAAGUUUAUCACAGUUGACGAGGGCAAAAACGAAGUUCGUGGCGAUUCCGAGAACAUCGACUUCAACUCGACCUUCCGCAUCCGCAUGCAGGCCCGCUUCAAGCCGAGACCAAAGACGAACAAGGAGCAGCGGGCCGCGGAGAAGAUUUCCAGAAAGGAGCUGGAAGAAAUGGUGGGAAGGCGAUUGGAGGACGAUGAGGUCAAGAAGCUGAAAAGAGCACGAAGGGAUGGCAAUUUCCACGAGACUCUGCUCGACGUCAAGGUCAAGGGGAAGCACGAUAAAUUUGCGUAA